ACACUGACAGCCAAACACACCAUAAGCGUCUCUCACUCUGUUGUGUGCAACUUAAAACCCAACAGUACUCUGAACUCCGCAGACAAACAACACUAUGGAGGAAGAACCAAAGCCAGCCGAGUCCACAGCCACCGAAAUCCUCCCAAUCCCUCCGAGCUCCGCCGAAGUCCUCCCUCCACAGGCUCCUCCGUCUUCUCUUCCUCCCAAGUCCAAGAAGAGACCUCUUGAAAACGAUGCUCAUUUCUCCAACUCAUCCACCCUCUACAAGAUUCGCGCCGUCCUCAAAGAGGUCCGCCCUCAUUUUCUCGAGGUCCUCGGGACCCCUGACUUUCGAACGUGCAAGUCAUCUGAAGAAAUUCAAGAAUAUGUUAAACUUCUGAUGGAACUAUGCAAACAGAUGACGGCAGAAACAGUUUCGGCAACAAGAAGUAAGAAUGUGCCAGGUGAAAAGCCCCAAGAUACAAGGGCUUUUGCAAAGCCAUCAGAAAAUAAGUUUCCAACAGGUGUAUCCACUGAAAAGCAGCGGGCUGAAGAUGGUCAGACUCAAGGGACAUAUAUUGUUGGUGGGUCUGCGUUCGGCUGGAAUUUCAUUACCUUUGUAGGCGAAGAACCAGUCUACUACGGAAUAACAAAGGAGUCAUUUCGAGCUAAUGGCAGCAAAGAAACAGUUCAGACUAUGGAAUAAAAAAGGGAGUCAUUUUGAGUUAAAGGCAGCAAGAAACAGUUAUGUAAUCCUACCAUUAGCAUAUUGACUGGGUGCUGGCAAAAACUUUUAAUCCAACCCCAUGGUCCCCAUCAUAGAGAAGAAAGGGGGAUUUGAUGGAUGGUUUGAUCAAUUCAAAAGGAUGUAAUGUUUUCAUUAGAAUGGGUUAUUCAGCAUGAUUCUUCAAAAAGGAUCAGUGGACAUAUUGUAACAUUGCGAUCGGUUUAGUAUGUGAUAUUUUCGAUGAAUUUCUUUGGAAGAAA